AUGACACGACUAUUCAUUCUGCCGGCUAUAUUUGCUAUAUCGUCGCUAUCACUGUGGUAUAUGAUAUGUUCAGCACCCGGAUGGGAGAGUGAAGCCGCAUUUGAGCUCCCGAAGCAAUUCGACAAUUUUACGGCGUUAGCGGAUCGGUUUCGACAUUACAAGGAUGAACAUUUCACCUAUAUUACUACGGUAUUCAUAUGUACCUACUUGUACAAGCAGACUUUCGCUAUCCCAGGAUCUUUCUUCUUAAAUGUAAUUGCUGGUGCUGUAUACGAUUUUUGGUGCGGUUUCAUUCUUUGUUGUGUGCUGACAACAGGCGGGUCAACGCUGUGCUAUCUAUUCUCUGAACAAUUCGGACGUGAAUAUGUUAUGUAUUAUUUUGGGCAAAAGCUCACUUAUUUGCAGCAGAAGAUAGACGACAAUUCGAACCGGUUAAUGCCGUUCCUUCUAUUCGCUCGAAUUUUCCCAAUCUCACCUUCAUGGCUACUGAACAUAGUCGCCCCAUUCCUCAACAUACCGUUGAGGAUAUUCGUCAUAUCAGCUUUUGUAGGAUUAGCUCCGUACAAUUUUAUAUGCGUGCAAGCAGGAUAUAUACUGUCAGAACUACGAUCAUGGGAUGACAUUUUUAGUACGUCAACUAUGAUGAAACUGUUCUCCAUAGCUUUAUUACCGCUUGCUUACGCAAUUUACGUUCGGCCAGGAGCACAGAAACACCAGUUAAUAGCAAGCGUGCCGGAACCGGAACCGCAUAAGAUGGAGAUCGUUUAG